AUGUCUUCUCUCCGCCGCACCCACACCUUCGGCGACGUCCGUCGCGCAUCGCGCGACGAGAUCUAUAUGUCGCUCUCCCGAUCCGGCUUCACGCUCCCCGGCCCCGUCAACGCCUCUACGAUGAAUGAUGCGAUCCAGGCGCAGGCGCCUCCUCCGUCGCCGAACAACUCGCCUAUGCAUGUGCCGAUGGAGCUUGAUACGGAGGUUUUUGUGGUUGGGGCUGCUGUCCCGGCCGUUGCGCCGCCUACUAAGGCCGAGAAGAAACUCCGCGCGUACAGCUCGCUUCCCUACGUCCGCCCGGCUGCGCCGAUCGUCAGCGCCAUGCGCAAGAAGGACUCGAAGAAGAAGACGCGCCGGGUCAGCUUCCAGACCGCCCUCGAGACUAUUGGCGAGGAGAACGAGACUCCUGUUCAGCGUGCGCCACCGCCGGUUAAGCGCGAGGGGAGCUUCGCGGAGAUGUUCAAGAAGAUGCAGAUCUCACGCCGCUGA